AAUCCAAACUUUUGCGUAUCCAAGUGCACAGCAAACGUCAUCUUCGAGAUACCCAACUCGCAUACCGCCUGUAACUUUACAACCCUUUCUAUCGCCUCACCCCACAUCUCACACAACACACCGCCAGAAUGUUCGGAGGUAAGUUUCGCCAGGGAUUGCCGCGUUCAAGACAACGAGGCUGACGUGCAUGACAGCACCACCACAACCAUCCAAGCAGGAGCUUGCUGCGGCCGAAGCACAGACUAUGACCGAUAUCAAGUGGACAGCUGCCAGCGCUGUUGUACUAUACUUCUGUAAGGACAUACUGGAAGUGCAUGAUGGCGAGAUGGAAACUAACGGUCUGCAGCACCUCAUCUCGUCGAAUACGUCUCGAAGCUCUUCUAAGCAGCGACUGCUCCCGCAAUUACGAACCCAUGUAGGACGUCAAACUCGCUGCAAAGGAACAAGUGGAAGCCUAGACGGAAGAAUCAAGCAAUACACCAACGAACUACUGUACAACAUAUGCGCAUGGCAUGGGGGACACAUGCGCUUGUAACAUUACUGGUUGAACGGACACAAAUACCCUUACAGUAUGCAUCGGAUCGACGCAUAUGUUGAAAAGCAGUCAGAAGUCAUCAAAUGCCAUCUGACAUAUGCGGAAUGAUGAGACGAUAAAUAUUAUGCA